GUGAUGACGCGGAGACGUUACAGGUCCUCAUCGAAACACCAGCACUUUGUUUUUGAGUACACAGUGUUUUAACUAACAUAUCAUUCUGUUCAAGCAUCAUUUUGAAAACAGGAUGCGAGUAGACAUCCUGCGUAGCAGAGACAUCUAGCGAAGAAUGGUCGCUGGUACUGUUGAGUGUUUCGUUUUGAGCAUCAACCGCGAUGGACAGCUUACCGAUCAAAUGUAUACACUGUUCCUUUCAUAAGCUUUGCAGAUCAACAUCUAAUUUACCAAUUUCAUUGAAAAAAACGAUUGGUGAUGUACAACGAACGAACAACGGGUCAAUAUUCGAGUUUAUAUCAAACGAAAAUGAUAUUCGUAUGGCUGAAAUCCGUUUGAAAAUGUCAGAAGAAGCAACAAAACAAAAACAACUCGAUUUAGAAUUGGAAUGUGUUAAGAGACAAAAAGUAGAACAUAUAUCAACAACAACAACAAAUCGAUUAUUAUCAUCUCUAUCUUUAUCAUCAUCACAACCUGUCGAUGAUGUAACCUACUUAGCUUAUUAUAGUAAUUUUUUAAAUAAUAGAAUGAAAGUAUUAGACAUUAGUUCUUUUGAAAACCAAUCAAUUAACAUUAAAAAAUUUGAAAAUAUUAUAAAUGGUUAUCUUCGUGAAGCAUUAAAACCAGAAAAAAAAGAACAAGACAUACAAAGCAUAUACGAUAUAUUAAUUAAAACAAUGUUAUCAGAUUUAGAUAAUAAAACCGUUUUAAAACAUUUAAAUACAAAUUCAUCAUAG